AUGCUGGACGCCGAAAUUUGGAAAGCGUCAGAGGUAGCGGCUGAAUUCCAGUGCCUCGUAGACGAAUCUGUCCGAACAGGACAACUACGGAACGUCCAUACCUCAGGAGGAUCUGCAGGCGGUGAAGCGCUUAUGGUAGAAGGUGUUCCCUACGUUGUCGUGCGAUCUGCUCUGGUUUUCUUGAAAAUUCUCGCGGACUAUUGCGAAUGUUUCGUUGCCCUACCGACAUUCGCGGUUGAUAUUCUCUCGCGUGUUGUUGAAUUGUUGAAAGGAUUUAAUAGUCGAAGCUGCCAGUUGAUCUUGGGAGCAGGUGCCCUACAAUUGGUUGGAUUAAAGACAAUCUCUGUCCGAAAUCUCGGUAAAUGGCUUUAUCUUCUUUUUAUUACGUCACCAGAAGUCGAGAUGUUUCACUUUUUUGCCUUGGAGUUUUCGCGUUCACACGGAGUUUGGAACAUGAGCCAAAUUUGAAA